AUGAGAAACUCUGACAGAUUUUACACAUUUGGAUUCAAACUUUCAGAGGACGACAGCUCUGCUGGAUGGACUCUGAGGAGAAACACAAGCAAACGACAGAGGACUCAGUGUGGAGAUGGGUGGGGAAAACCAGCUGGUUCUUCCUGUAACAUCAGUUACACUGACCGAUGGGACAGUGGAGUUUACUGGUGUGAGUCCAGAGAGGGUCCCAUCAGUAACAUGGUUAACCUGACAGUCACUGGUGGAUCAGUGAUCCUGCAGAGUCCUGUCCUCCCUGUGAUGGAGGGAGAUGACGUCACUCUGCUCUGUAAAACAAAGACCCCUCCCUCCAACCUCCCAGCUGCUUUCUAUAAAGAUGGCUCCCUCAUCAGGAAGCAGCCUACAGGUCACAUGACCAUCCAGCAUGUUUCCAGGUCUGAUGAAGGCCUCUACAAGUGUGACAUCAGCGGUCAUGGAGAGUCUCCAUCC